AAAAGUGAUUCGUUUAAUUUAUAGUUCAAGGAACUAGAACUUUUGCUACGAAAUUUGCAACACAGUUUUUUUGAAAUCAGUUAUCAAAGCAAAUAAGAACAAAUUUUUACUGCAAUCCGAAAAAUUGUUGAGUAAGAAUUAAGGAUUUGGAUUUGUGCAGAACGCAACUGGAUCAAAGAUACCUUAAAGAUAUCUGUAAUUAUCUAUAAUUGAUUGAAGAUUUGAUUUUACAAUUUCGAAAUGUCUUAUAUGCCUGAUAAACAUAGCGGAGCUGCUAUGAAUAAUAAAUAUGCCAACCUUGUUAGGGACAAGAAGUUUGCGACAACUUCUGCAAAUAUUGUUACCAGAAGUUCAGUCAGACGUUUUAAUAAUUCCGCUAUUGAGAGUCGUAAUCUAAAUGCUGAUGUUGCCGCAGGAAACAAUAUAGGUCCGCCUGCUGCUGCAAGAAAUUUUGGCGUAUCAUAUGGUGCUAAACAUGUAGCAACUAUGUUUCCAAAACCAACCGCUGGUAAUACCGCAACAGCAGCUAUAAUUUCUUCAACUCCCAAGCCAGUAGCAAAUACAUUACAAUCCCGUUUAACACGUAAACCACCAACAGCUGAAAGAGGUGAUUCGAAAUAUAAUAACACGUUCUCUUCAAAUGUAACUCUACCAGUUAAGGCCACUACCAAUUUUGCUAAGAACUAUACUAUUGAUAUUCCAAUAGCAAAGAAACCGUGCACUGUUUAUGCCAAAACCUUUUCCAUUGACAAAAGGGAUGGUCCAAAAACAACUGCAAAUUUCUCUAAAAGCUAUUCUCACAAUGCGCCGGAACCACCUAGAGUUACUGCUACAUAUACCAGGAUUUAUUAUAAUGAUAAACGAGAAUCAGAUAAACCAGUUGCAGCAGUUUAUACGAAUCUUGAGAAAUUGGAAAGAAGCAAAGCCAGUACACUCGGUUCAAAUACGUACAACCACUCGAAUGUCACGUCCGCUAAAACUGUUUCAACUGAUAAAUCAGAAUCAACUGAAGCUAAUACUACUUCUCGUUCGAAAGUUAGUAACAGUGAUAAGCGACGAAAAAAGACUACCUCACACAGAACUUAUAAUAAUGCUAAACAGGAACUUCCGAACCGUGAAAAAGUCGACUCAAUGACUCACAGUACUACCUUCACUAAAACGUAUGCCAGUGUUAAAGAGGAACCUACUAAAAUUAAAAAUAAUAGUUUAAGAACGGAUACUAUUGAUAGAUCGAAGUCACUUCAGGCUCGCAACCAAUCAGCGACACCACGUAAACUUAACAUAUCUGAAAAGACUACGAUAUCAUCAUCGAGUAAAAAAACCCCAAUAAAGGCGCAAAAAACAUUCGUUAAUACUCGUAAGUCUGGAGGCGGUGUUAUUCCCAAAAAAGCUCCUAUUCAUCAACCUAAAACUUUACCAGUUAUUGUACCUAACAUUAAAAAGGAUAAAAUAGAGAAAUUGGGUGUUGAUUACAAAGGCUUUUCUGUUGAUGCUACCGACUCAGACUCAACGUUGACUAUUGUAGCAAACAAAAAUGCUGAAGAAGCACCUCCGCCAAGUACUAAAGCACCAAUGGUAAAAAGUCAAGCCCUUUAUCGGCCCUCUGCUUUUGCUGAAAAGCGUUUACUUCAAAAAAUGAAAACGUUUCAUAAUUAUGGGCGUGACGGUAACACGUCAGCUCGUAAACCAGCAGCAAAAGAAAAGUCUAAAGUUGAUGAACCCAGCGCUACGCUCAAGGCAAAACCUCUAAAGAAAACACGGGAUGAAAUUAAAGUUGAUAAAUUUAAGAACGAAAAGGAGAAGCAUAAGAGAUCAACUAAAGCCGAUAAAGAACCACCAGUUCAAACUCUUCUAUGCGGCACAAAGCCAGCUCCUCGCAUUGUUCCUCCUGAGGAAGGUAUGACCACUUGUCAAUUUUGCAAUCGUAAUUUUAUUGACGAUCGCAUUGAACGACAUCAGAACAUUUGUCGAAAACUGGCAGUUCGAAAGGUACAAGUUUACGAUAGUGCAAAAAUGCGCUUAAAGGCAGUUAAGGAGGCAAAUAAUUGUGAGGCUGUCGUUUCAACAACAGAUAUCAAAAAGCCCAAUUACAACUGGCGUCGUAAACAUAAUGACUUUAUUAGUUGUAUUCGUCAGGCUAAGGCUGUUUCGGUACAGUUGGCACAAGGAAAAUCUUUAAGCGAAAUACCACAGCCGCCACCAUCCGAGAAUCCGGAUUAUAUACAAUGUCCCCACUGCUUAAGGCGAUUCAGUGAACCCGCUGCAAUUCGUCAUAUACCCAAGUGUGAGCAUAUGACUCAUAAUAAGAAACCUAGGGUACGGAACCUUCGUAAAUAGAAUUUUUUAUUCUAUUUGGAUUUACUUUUGAAAAUUUAUUGUUUAAAAAUCCUUAUAGAUAU